GUGUUGGAUUCCUGAUAAAGUCCUAGCCUAGUCGACGGGGCCACACAAAUCCAUAAAACUAGAAUAUUUUGAGUACGGUUUAAAUUGAGCAGCUAACAUGAACGUUGAGUACUUUUCGGAAGGGCUGGAAUGCCUAAUGUAUUGCGGCCGCAAGUUGUCGCCGGAGCAGCGUAUACUCAUUGAGAAUUCGCUGAUUGUGCUGUUGCAGGAGAAUCGUUUCUCGGGCAUGUAUUUCUGGGGACGCAUUACGGCCACCAAGAACGAUUACUAUAUUGCCUUUGGUUAUACAAACGAUUGCUUAAAGGAUCGCAAGUACUUCUACAGUUUGGAUCAGUAUCAAUGGCAGCUAUUGCCCUUUGUGCAGAGCCCGAAAAUCUUUCAGGCCACGAUCCUAGCGCCCGAUCCAUUUGUCGGGGAUCCCAGUCUGCAGACCUAUGUCAAGCUGGAUCCGACAUUUAAUAUUGUGGACAAUCAGGUGGUCAGCAUCAGUCGCCCGGAGGUGAUCAAGCUCAAGGAAGAGGAACGCCUGGCUGCCAUAGUGUUUAUCAUAAGCGAGGAGAGCGCAAUUUGUCCACGCGGUGCACUCUACAAGAUGGUCGAUGGUCGUGUCAUACCAAAUCAAAUGUUCCGCGGCCUAAACGAUUUGCAAAUCGACAAUCUAUCCUACUACCAGCUGUAUCGACUGCCGCGCAACGAUCUAAAGACAAAUCUGUCAAAGCGCAGCGAUUACAACUAUGCCAUUGAUUUUCUGGAUACCAUCGAUGGCGUUAUACCGCUCAGCCAGGCCUUUUCGCUGAACAUGCAGCGCAACGAGCGCAUCGCAAUUAUCAAGUCCUGCGUCUGGCUGGGCAUGACCUUCUUCCACAAGCUCAACUCACGCAAGCAUGGCUUCCUCUAUCUGGGCGACGGGCGCAAGAACUUUGAUUUGCUCUUUAUGUAUUGAAAUACCAAUAUAUAUUUUUCAGUUGCUGGCA